AUGGAUAAGGAGAAUGUUUUUGAUGAUGAAAGCGAUAGUGAAGGUGAGGAAAAAAUUAUGCUGAAUCUGCCUGAUUCAGACGUCGAUGAGAUUGAAGAUCAAUUGAACGGCAUUGGUUUGAAGUAUGAGAGUGAAGAAUAUAGUGAUGAUGAUGCAUAUCUUCCUCAUGAGAUGAACAAAGUGAUGCUCAAUAAGAGCAAGACAGAUUAUAAUGAAAAUCGGCAGGGUCAUGUUCAAAAACGUUGUGUAUUAUGUCGUUCGAAACAAGUUCGAAAACAAACUAUCUAUUUUUGUCGGACAUGUCCUGAUACACCUGCUUUGUGUUAUCCAGACUGUUUUGAUGCAUUUCAUAUUAUGAUUAGUACACGGUUAUGGACACCUGCAACACCAUCAUUUCGAUGUAAAUUACAUGAAAAUGAUUCUGUUUAUCAUAAGAAUAUUCCAAUUCUCUCCAAUCGAACUCAACCUGAUCCAUCAUAUUGUAAAGCAAUGAUGAACAUAUCUGUUAGAGAAUGUCAGCAAUGUUAUAUGAAAACGAUAUCGAAGACGAGUAUAGAACAUAUGCAGCCAUGUAAAGAUUAUGUUUUUGAUCGAACAUAUAUGAGACAUACACUAGUGGAAGAAUGGUUAAUGGUUUGUGAUCGAACUGUAUUUCGUUUAAUAGUGUCAAUAGUGUAUCUUGCUGGUUAUAUGGUUGGGGCGAUUGUUGUUGGAAUCACGGCUGAUAAAUAUGGCCGACGUCCUAUCAUGAGUAUAUGUACAAUAUUAAUUCCUUGUACGGUAUUUAUUGGUGCAAUUUUUUCACAAAAGGAUAUUUUUGGAUUUUGGCCGAGUUAUUUAAUUUAUUUAACAAGUUGUUUUGUUUUUGCUUGCUCAAUACAUGGUAUUUUGGUUACUGGCUUUGUAUUAGCAACAGAGUUAGUUGGUCCAAAAUAUAAACUUUUAACAGCAAUUAUUGCUCAAUAUUUCUUUAAUGUUGAUGGGAUCGUUAUAUUUGUUGCUUAUUUUAUUCAAGAAUGGAGACGCUUAACAAUCACAUUAUCAAUAGCUACAAUACCAUUUACAUUCUUUUAUUUUGUAUUACCAGAAUCACCAAGAUGGAUGAUUAGUAAAGGAUAUUACAAACAAGCAGGAGAAUUACUUCGAAAAAUUGCUAAAAAAAAUAAAAAAACAUUCAACGAAGAAUCAUUUAAAGAAUUAAUAGCUGAACAAGAAAGGAAUACAACGAAUAAACCAGUUGUCAUCGGUGUUCGAUCGUUGUUUAAAUCCAAAAUUAUGCGCAACAUAUCAAUUAAUUUAUUGUUUCAAGCGUUUGUUCAACAUUUAGCUUUUUAUGGAAUUUCAUCAAGCUCCAUUUUCUUGGGAAGUAGUCUAUAUUCAUCAUUUCGAAUUUCAUCAUGGGCGACAAUUCUAUAUGUUAUAGUAUUAUAUCUUUUACUUAAUCGUGUUGGACGAAAAAGAUCAUACUUAAUUGUUGUUUUUUGUUUUGCUAUACUUAUUUUAUUAGAGAUUCCUGUUCAAAAUUACAUUUCAAAAAAUAGUGAAGGGCACAGGACAUUUAUUUUUCUAAUGAAUAUAAUAUUACAGUGGUUUACAUUUAGUAGUUAUACUAUUAUCUAUAUUUAUACCAAUGAAUUAUUUCCAACAGAAAUAAGAAAUACUGGAAUGAGUAUUCAUACAAUUGUUGCACGAAUUGGAGCAAUUGCUGGUAUAACAAGCACUCAUAUUUUAGCCCAAUUAUGGAUUCCUCUACCAAUGGUUUUGUCUAGUAUUUUAUUACUUAUGGCAGCUUUUCUUGCUCAAAUGUUACCAGAAACAUUGGAUAGCACAUUACCACAAACAAUCGCUGACACUGAACAAAUGGGUUUAACACGUAUGUGUGUUUGUGAUUAUCAACGUACUUCAAAACAAAAAGAGCAACCCAAUAAUAAUAAUGAUCAAGAUUUUAAAUUAAGAUAUAUUAUUGCAUGA